AUGGUUUCGGUUGAUAAUGGUAAAGAAGAAAUUGAAGAGUGUAAUAAUAAUAAUAAUAAUGGGAGUAAAGCAGAAGAGUUUACUUCCAUUGAUAUUUCGACUUCUCGAAGAACAUUGGUGACCGGUGAAAAUCCUGACAGAAAGUUCCCGGGUAAGUUGAGUGGUAUUCCUAAUAGGAUGAACUUCUUGAAAUUUGGUUCCGCGUCUGUGAAAUUCAAGCGGCUUGCAACUCUGAUGGACCAGGCGUCACAGUCUGUGCCUUCUCCGAGUUCGCAUAGUUUAAGAGAACGAUUCAGCGGUAUAUUUGCUAAGAAACUUGAUUGGAAUUCGAUUAAGAAGAUGUCAAUGGAAUGGAUUAGAAACCCGAUGAACAUGGCGCUUUUUGCGUGGAUUUUAUGUGUUGCUGUUUCGGGUGCGAUUUUGUUCCUUGUCAUGACUGGUAUGUUGAAUGCUGUACUGCCGAAGAAAUCUGCAAGGAAUGCGUGGUUUGAAGUAAAUAAUCAAAUACUGAAUGCGUUGUUUACGCUGAUGUGCUUGUAUCAGCAUCCGAAGAGAUUCUACCAUCUUGUACUUUUAUGCAGAUGGAAUCCGAAAGAUAUCGCCAAACUUAGAAAGGAGUAUUGCAAGAAUGGAACUUAUAAGCCGCAUGAAUGGAUGCACAUAAUGGUAGUGGUAAUUCUCGGUCAUGUGAACUGUUUCGCUCAAUAUGCACUUUGCGGUCUAAACUUAGGGUAUAAAAGAUCUCAGCGGCCAGCCAUCGGUGUUGGAAUAUGUAUAUCUUUUGCGAUUGGUGCACCUGCAAUUGCUGGUUUAUAUACCAUUCUUAGUCCUCUAGGUAAAGAUUAUGAGUCUGGAUCGGACGAAGAAUCACAGGUUCAAAUUACUGCUGAUAAAAAGCCAGAGCAGAUGAGAGUGACAUCAUUAGAGAGGAAAUAUUCAUUUGCGCCAAAAGAUAAACGAAGAACCGUUGAAAAUAGACCAAACUGGAGUGGUGGAAUACUUGACAUUUGGGACGAUAUCUCUCAAGCCUAUCUAUCACUUUUCUGUACUUUUUGCGUCUUUGGUUGGAAUAUGGAGAGACUUGGCUUUGGAAACAUGUACGUUCACAUUGCCACUUUUAUGCUGUUCUGUAUGGCACCCUUUUGGAUUUUCAUCUUGGCUGCUGUUAAUAUUGAGGACGAUACCGUUAGGCAAGCGCUAGUAGGUGCUGGGAUCGUUCUAUGUUUUUUCGGUUUACUCUAUGGUGGCUUUUGGAGGAUUCAAAUGAGAAAGAGAUACAAUUUGCCAACUUAUGACUUCUGUUUCGGCAAGCCUGCAGUUUCUGAUUGUGCACUUUGGCUAUGCUGUUGUUGGUGCACUCUUGCUCAAGAGGUACGGACAGGGGACGCGUAUCAUAUUGUAGACGAUAAAUUCUUCAGCAAAGAACUUAGCACUGUUGACCAACAGCCAAUUUCACCUCUGCGCCGUGAAGGUGUGGCUUCGACCAAAUCGGGUACGAGUUCCCCUCUUGGUGCCAACUCGUCUCCUUCUACAUUCAAACCGUCGAGUCCUCUAAGUUCUAGCAGUUUCUUCACGGAACAUCAUAGCCCAAAUGGUUCACUAUCUACUUUAAAAGAAGAACUUUCCGAAAAAGAUAAAGAUGUAACUAUGACUCCACCAACUCCGCCAUUGAUAGAAAGAGAAUCUGCUUAG